CAACAAAUCCAACACUCAAACCCUUGCUAAAUACCUUGCGCUCGACCAAGGAGGCAAAAUCCAAGCCGAAUACGUCUGGAUUGAUGGCGAUGGAGGCCUCCGUGCAAAGACCACUACUCUCGACGAAAAACCUACUGACGUUUCUCAAUUGAAAGAAUGGAAUUUUGAUGGUUCUUCUACCAAUCAAGCUCCUGGUGAUAACUCCGAUGUUUUGCUUCGUCCUGCUGCCAUCUUUAAGGAUCCUUUUAGAGGCGGUGACAAUAUUAUUGUUCUCUGUGAAUGUUAUAACAACGAUGGAACUCCCAAUAGAACGAAUUAUCGUCAUUCUUGUUCAAAGAUCAUGCAAACCUAUACCGAUGCUCAUCCAUGGUUCGGUAUAGAACAAGAAUAUACCUUAUUCGACAUGGAAGGAAGUGUCCUUGGUUGGCCUAAAGGAGGUUUCCCUGGCCCUCAGGGUCCUUAUUAUUGUUCUAUUGGUGCUAAUGUAGCCUUUGGACGUGAUAUCGUUGAAGCCCACUACCGUUGUUGUCUCUACUCUGGUGUUAAAAUUUCUGGUGUCAACGCUGAAGUCAUGCCCGUUGGUCCUUGUGAAGGUAUCGAUAUGGGUGACCAUCUCUGGAUGGCAAGAUUUCUUCUGAAACGAGUUGCCGAAGAUUUCGGUGCCGUGGUCUCUUUCCAUCCUAAACCAAUAAAAGGUGACUGGAAUGGAGCAGGUUGUCACACGAACUAUUCAACACAAGCAAUGCGUGAAGAAGGCGGGAUAAAAGCAAUUCAUGAUGCUAUCGAUAAGAUGGCAACUAGACAUGCGGAGCAUAUCGCCGUUUACGGUGAAGAUAAUGAUCAACGUCUAACAGGUCAACACGAGACAGGUCACAUAUCACAAUUCUCGUAUGGUGUUGCAAAUCGCGGUGCUUCAAUUCGUAUACCGCGGCAUGUUGCUGCUGAAGGUAAAGGGUACCUGGAAGAUCGACGUCCGGCUUCUAAUAUAGAUCCGUAUAGGGUCACGCAUGUUAUAGUCGAGUCUACCCUUGCCUAG